AUGGGCCUCAAGGAGGACGUGGGCAACUUUGCCAUGGCCAUGAUUGGCCCAUGGAUCUUCAUCGGCAUGGCCGUGGCUCAUUUCCCGCAGGCCUUCAUGUCCAUCGUCUCCUCUGGGCAGUACUCCAAGCUCCUUUCCCCCUCCGAGUUCCUCGCCGUCGCCUUUGGCCAGUUCUGGGGCACCGUCGGCCCCGAAAUCAAGGAGGACUUUAAGCCCCGCGUCGUCCCCGUCCUCGAGGGCCGUGUCCGCGACGGCAAGAUUGUCCAAGAGCCCGUCAGCGAGCCCAUUUCCGGCGUCGUCAUGGAAGUCGGUGCGGGUAGCGGCAUGUGGACCGACGUCCUGGCCGGGUUCUCGGCCGUCGGCUCUUCCGACUCUGGCGCCGCCGACGGCCCCGCCUCCAAUCUGCGCAAACGAAAGACGGACGCUUCCGAUGGCGGCAUCACCAAGAUCUACGGUGUCGAACCUAAUGAAAUAUCUGCGGCGUCGCUUCGGAAGCGCGUCAAUGACCUUGGUCUCGAUGGCAUCUACGAGGUCGUUCCCGUCGGCAUCGAGGAGGAAAAAAACAUUCAAUAUCUUUACAAGCUUCUCAAGCCGGGUGGCCGCUGGUACAUUCAUGAGCACGUCAAGGUCACUCGCGGCGGUAUUCUGCUCAGCGCCUAUCAAGCCUAUGUUGGAUUCUUCCACGGUAUGGUCAUGGGUGGCUGUCAACUUCGCCGGUCAACCCUGCAGAACAUACUGGCUGCGGGGCCAUUCUCCGAGGUCAAUGUAGGCCAGCCAGCAGAUCAGGCCGGAUACGAGGUUAUUCCUUGGGUAAUGGGUGUUCUCAAGAAGAAAUGA